AUCAUGCAGCCUCCGCAGCAGCAGCCGCAGCCUUUAGACCCUACGACGCCGACCUCCAUGGCGAGUGCAAUACCCAGCGGGGCAGAGGCAUCGGCGUCAAGCCUGUUGCCAGAGUGGGUCAAGCUGAGGCACCGCAUGCGCGGCGGGAGCGAAAGCAUGCAUCUGACCUCUGUCGCCAGCGGCUCCGGUGCUAACGCCAACCACCAGACAGCACCUACAGACGAUUCAGCUGCCUGGAUUCCAUUGCCGUUGGGCCGGAAGUGCAGCAAAGCGGAGGUGGUUAUUUCCCGUUCUAGGGGAAGCAGUCACGGCGGAGCAGCAGCCCCAGCGUGGAGCCACAGUGUAACCACUGGUGGGGGAGGAAACCACGCUCGCGCUCGCCGGGGUUCCAGUCUCCACGAGCUGGUUGCCGAGCGCGGAAGCGCAGAGGGAAUGAAGGCAGUCAGGCUGGCCCGUUUGGGCACGUUGCAGCUCAGGAAGAGCGAUGUGAUGGCUGCUGCGCCUAUCCUGGCAAGACGGUGGGCUACCGAUACAGGUUUCCCCGCGCAUGCUGAGGGGGGGGACUGCGAUGAGGACGGUGCACAGGGUUUCGAGUCGACGUUUGGGAUGGCAGAUGCAGCAGACCAACGGCCUUCCCAUGCAGAGUCUCAGGUGGUGUUCGGCGUCACAGCGGACGAGUUCAUGUACGAAUACGGCGGCCGUGGGCAGAUACCGGCAGCCGUGGUGGCUGAGCCUUCACAGCGGCAGGACCUUGCAGAACACUUCGCAAGAGCAUUGCUGGAGGAGGACUCCUUGGAGCAGCCCCAGUGCUGUCGGCGGCAACCGGAUCUAGAAGGCGCAGCUGUCGCACACGGUCCCCCUGACCACCUUCAUUAUGACCCAUGGGUCAUUCGGACAACUCCACCACAACCACCACUGCCGGAAGCAACAAUAACCCUUACCAACACCUCCGAAAUCGCAGAGCCACACCCGCUUUCCCACCAAGAACGCAACCCGCUCCCGGACGCUGCUGAACAGGAGCCAGAUGCAGCGGUUGCAGCCGCAGCAAGACACCCCGCGCCGACAUACUACACCAUGUCCUCUUACGCAGUCACCUUCCCAUCCCCAGCGCCGGCGCCUGCCGCACUACCGCCCCAUGAGUCCCAGCUGUACCCGUGCGGGCGGCAGGAGUGCGCCGGCAGGCCCUCGAGCUCCAGCGGGCUCAGCUUGUCGAUGCACCAGAUCGCUGAUCUAGGCGCGCUUGUGAGCAGCGAAGGAUGCGCUACGGCGACGGUUGGUGGAGCGACGGAGGACAGCGCCUCAGCUGCUGCGUUAAUACCGCAGCCCUAUUGCGACGGAAAUAUGACCCUGCCGCUCUACAGCCCUCGGAAAGCCCCGGCCGCCAGCGGCGGCAGCAUUAUCAGAAGCAAUGUGGCUGCUGAGACAGGCAACACGCGUCCCGAUAAGGCGGGUAGCAAUGCGCCGUACCUUGCUCGUAUGCCGGGUCUAGGCCUAGGACCGCAGCAGAGAGCUAUCCAGGCCGCGUUCCCGAAACAUGUACAAAGCGGCCCAGAAAUGCCGCAACAUGGUCGGCAGCUAUCCAGUUUUGAACGAGAGGCUGCUGCAAAGAACAUCUCAGGCGCCUGCAGUACACCUUGUGCGGCGCACAAUAUGGCUGAAGGCGCCCCCUCCCUGCUGGACAAACACGUCAAGGACACCCGACGGCGUCCCUCCAUGACAAUGGCGAGCAGCCGGGAGUGCCCCUAUGACGGCCACGCAGAAGCCACUGGCGAACCAAGUCGUUUGCGAUCAUUCUUUACCAAGGUGACCCACGGGUCACCCGGAUGGCUUCAGCACAAGCAGCAGCAUCCUCCUCCAGCGGAGCCUCAGCCUCCUCAACCGUGUCCCGAACGGGCUGCGGCAGCGCCACUGCGCUCGCCCACAGCACCGCUAUUGGUUUUACGUGGGCUCCGCAUUCGUUGCGCCGCAGUUGAGGGUUCCUUCCUCCAAGACGGCAGCAUCAAUGCGGAGAGCUUGUACCGCAACCAACACGGAGGAAAGCCGUACAGCCGUCUCACCAAGCUCUGCAGAAGCGCACUCAUGGGACAGGUGUUGUGCUCAUGGGGUGUUGCUAAGCAGGUGCAGAAGGCGGCAGCGGCUGGCAACCCUGGUGCGCAGCAGCUGAGGCUGUUGCCGCAGCCGGCAGCAGACAGCCGCAAGCGGGCUGCCGCUGCGGCCAAGAUGCACUGUGAUACGGACGCGCUUGCGGCGGCAGCGGCGGCGGUGGCAGUGAGCGCUGUAGCGGAUUCAGAGGAAGAGGGAGUUGCGCUAACGAGGGGCUGGACGCGGAGCAGUACGAAGGCGAGUGUUACGGAGGCACUGCCGGAGUUACGGAAGGCAGACGUAUGGGUUUGCAGUUGGGCGCCAGGCGCAGCUGCGACGGCGGGGGUUGAGGGGCUGCCUGAUUCGGCAAGGGUACAGUAAUGGCGGGGCUGAUGAGGGACAGGUGGGGCUUCAUGUGAACAUUUGGAGGAUAUUGGUGGUAGGUGUGAAACCAAGAGCCUUAUUAUCGAAACAGCUUGCUGAAUAGGCCUGAGCUAGCGCACUGAGAGCAUGCAUGGGGCUGCAGUGAUGCAAGGUGCGCGCUGUUGCAUCGUGAACGGGUAGCAUGGUGCAGUGCGUGUACGAGGAAAUGGUGUGGCCAACUUAAAUCGGAUGGCGAUAAUUGGCAUCCUGCGCUAAACUAGGUUCUUAGUCAUCCCCGCAUAGGGGAAGCUUUGCGAGAACGGAAAUGCUGAAUGAAACCGUUAUUAUACGCCAACUGGUAUGUUUCGUGUGCAGCAGGGCUAUGCAAGGGUUAGUCCAGGAUCUUAAAUUUACUUCAUGUGGCCUUGCUUUUCCCGGGAUAAACAUUCUUUGGUAAAUGCUAUGCAGGCGCUCGGAGCAAUAUUUCGGUAGAUUUUGCGAUUGCAUUGUUUUCUAUCUGAGGAUAGUUGAAGAGUGCGUGCAGCACGGUGCUUGGUAAUGUACAAUAUGUCGUACUCGUUCCUGUUCGACGGUGCACAGAUGUUGGUGUGGUUUUGGCAUACCAUUUCAGAUUGAUUGUUACAGGGUACUACAACCAUUAAGGCGUGGCAGUUGGAUUUCCCCAGUUUGGAUUGCUUAUGUAAGCC